AAGGUUUCAUAGAACAAUUCAUAUUUAAUACUUACAUACACCUGAUCAUCACGUCUGCAAGUUAUUUCAAACUCCUCCAUAUUUUCAAACACAUUUAGCUAACUAAUUAUCUAGGAUGGAAAUUAUCAAGAAAUCCAUCUUUGGAAUAUUAACACUUCUAACUCUCCAUCAGCAUUGGGCAACUUGCAAAGUGCCCGAUAACAUUGACGUAUUAGACGAAUGGUGGACCACCUUUUCCGAGUCCUGGCCAAGAUAUCACCAAACUACGCAAAUCAUUCAUCAAAUGGCGGAAACCCUGCCAAAAAAUGUGCAAAUCUACUCAAUUGGCAAAACUGUGCAGAAAAGGGAGAUGUGGGUAAUCAAAUUGGGCAGUGACCUGACCAAAAAGCGAUCCUUUCUAGUACCUCAGAUGAAACUGGUGGCCAACAUGCACGGAGAUGAGACCCUGGGUCGUGCCUUACUUUUAAUGUUUGCUGUCGACGUGCUCACCAAGUAUCAGAAGGGAUACAGAAGGGCGAUCGACCUCCUCAAAAAUACCGAGAUUCAUCUUCUUUAUUCCAUGAACACUGAUGGAUUCGAAGCAACCCCAGAGGGAGAAUGUUCCCCAGACCCGGACAUCCUUGGGAGAUGCAACGCAAACCUGGCCGACCUCAACAGAGACUUUCCAGACCAAUUUGUCGAUUCCGGAGACACAUUUGAAGAACUUUUAGAGGGUCGACAACCGGAAACGCAGAACGUUAUGAAGUGGAUUGUUGCCAAUUAUUUCGUACUAUCUGCCAAUCUUCAUGCACUCUCACUCGUUGCGAGCUAUCCGUUUGACUCUGUUUCUCUUAAAUUAGAGAAAGACCCCAGGUAUAAGGGAGCCGGUGUCAUAAGUAGGUCACCGGAUCAUGACUUCUUCUUUACGCUCGCUACAAUGUAUGCGACCACACAUGAAUUCAUGUCCAUCGAGAAUAACUGCACAGAGGGAGAAUUUCCGAACGGGGUGACAAACGGAGCAGAGUGGUACAAUGUUCGAGGAGGAAUGCAAGACUUCAACUACAUUCACUCCAACACUUUCGACAUUACUUUUGAACUCUCAUGUUGCAAAUUUCCCCCAAAAGAAACACUCCUAGGAGAAUGGGAAGCUAAUCGAGAAGCUCUCUGGAAAUAUGUGGAAGCCACGCACUGGGGAAUUAAGGGGUUAGUUCAGGACGAGGAGGGCAACCCGAUCGACGGAGCCACAAUCCAUGUCGACGGCAUCAAUCAUACAGUUUACACGACACCACAAGGAGAAUAUUGGAGAUUGCUGGUUCCCGGAAAGUCUUACACUGUUUGGGCCGAGGCGGACGGGUACAAGGCCAGCGAGGAACGAGAUGUAGUUGUCCACCAAAAAGUGAAAGUAGCAGAAAGGUAUGAUUUCACUCUUAAAGAAGUGUAAUGCAAAUGUCAAAUACAACAAAGGAUGAAUAUAUACGUGAGUAAAAGGAUGGUCGUCAAAUAAAUAGGUGAAGAAUG